AUGAGGACCACACUUUCAACCAUCGCCGCUUUGGCAACCACUGUUCAAUAUGCAUCUGCUGGAUUUUCCGAUGCCUCUGCUUUCUCUUGCCCAUCCAACACAAACAACGAGUGUAACAGCCAGCAAUCUUCUGGUUUCGACUGGAGCUCUCUCGGUCUUGGUUCUUUCUCUAGCUAUGGAGACUUCAGCUUCGAGGGAUGGACUUGUGCCAGCUCCUUCGGCGGCAGCUCCAAGCGUGAUGUCUUGACUGGUCGAUCCUUCCAGGACAAAUGCAUCACUGGAUCUGCUUCCACUGAUGUCUCUAGCUGCCCCAGCUUCGGCUGUGGUUCAUCUUCCGACGUCUCUGCUUUCUCCGUCACUGAAUUCCAGGUCUCUGUUGAAUUCGACUGUGAACUUGAGUUCCAUUACAGCAUGCCUGGUGGAACCACUUGCAAGCAGAAGUCUUCCUGCAGCACUGGGGGUACCACAAUUUCCAACACACAAUGUGGUGGAGCCAAGAACGUUACCGUCGUCUACCCAAGCCAAUCUUCUGGAAGCGGAGCGGGCAAAUCAAGCUGCAGCAUUGGUGUCCACUCCAUUGGUUUCGACUGCUCAACUGCUUCGAGCACUGUCUACCACUCCACCACGACUAAGGCUUCAGUGACCAAGGAGACCACCAAGGCAACUACUCCUGCUUCGUCAUUUGCUACCACGACAUCAGUGUCUUACUCAAUGACCGUCCCAGCCUCAAGUACUUCAGAGAGCAUUGCUUCAACCAGCUCUACUCUGGCUAUUGAGUCUACCACAAGCUCUGUGGUCGAGUCUACCAGCUCGGUCGUCGAAUCCACAUCAAGCACCCUCGUCGAGUCCAGCUCCGUUGAGACCACCGUAGCCGUUUCCACGCCAUCCACUACCGCUUUCACAACAUCGACAGUUUUCACAACCUUUGUGUCAACUAUCAUUUCAUGCGCUGAGACUGUCACAAACUGCCCAGCUCGCUCGACUGUGUUGACCACCGUUUCCGUCGCCGUUUCUACAACUAUCUGCCCAGUCACUGAGACUGAGACUUCAAGUCUCGCAGUCUCCUCUUCUGUCGAGUCUGUUUCAACUACAUCCAGUGCCGUUGGAGUUGCAUCAACAUCAUCAUCCGUUGUUGAAUCCAGCUCAGUAUCAUCUAGCGUCGAGACUACUUCCGCUGUUGUUUCUAGCGCAGCUGUUUCGUCCACAGUCAUCAGCACUACUCCAUCUGAGUCCGAGGUUAUCACUACCGUUGUCGUUGAGACAAGCACCACUAUCUGCCCUGUCACUCUGACCCACGUUACCAGUGGAAGCACCUCCCUGGAGACCUCAGUAUCCACAUCCACAAUCGAAAUCACCACCACCAAGACCGUCUGCACCAAGUGCGAAGCAGGAAGCACCACCUCGGCCCAAGGCGUUGUCUCCACCCCAUCCGCAUCAGCAACCACCUCCUCCAGCGGCGCCGUAAGCACCGCCCCUUGCCCAGACGUCCUCCCCUCCUGCCUAAACACCUGGCUCUUCUCCGAGGGCUGCACCUCCAACACCGACUCGGACUGCUACUGCCCCUCGUCCACCUUCGUCUCCAACAUCUUCGCCUGCCUUUCCGCCUACGGCGCCUCCGACGACGAGAUCGCCAGCGCCCAGACCUACUUCCAAGGUAUCUGCGCUGCCCACGUCUCCAGCAACCCGGCUAUCAUCACCGCUGCUUCUACCUCCCUAUCCACUACCGCAGCUGGCACCGUGACAGCAGCUAUCCCCGUCACCACGGUCCAAGUGUACACCACCCUCGUGGUCCCUUGCACAGAAACUACCGGCAUCUCAGCUGGAUCCGUCAUUCCCUCUUCCAGCUCCACAACAGUGAUCAGCACAGCAGUCACCGUCCCUCAAGUCAUCUUCACAACCGUCACCGGCUCGAGCACCGCAUCCGCGGCCCUCGUCGCCGGGACAGCGCCCGCUACCGUCGCAGCCGGCACGACGCUUGCUGUCCCCGCUAGCUCGACCUUCAUCGUCGCUGCGUCAGGGACGUCUGCUAGCAACGGCACCAUCCAAGCUUCUGCUACGCCGUCGCAGCAAGUCACCUCUGGUGCUGGGCGAAGCACCGUUGCGUUCGGCAGUGUUGUCGUUGGGAUGCUGGUUGCUGUUCUGGCUUUGUAG